CCUCGUAUAAAUACGGACGCAUUAUUUGAAGAAAGGCGGUGGUGAGCACAAUCUUCUGGCUGUUCUCUCUCUCCUCCCGGGACCACAGACAACGCCUGGAAGAAUUUAUUGAAGAAAACUGUCCACAUCAGGACAUAAGCUUGUUCAGCCCCUAAAAUAGUAAGUGUGGGUAUUUUGACCAGUAUUUCUAGCCCUUCAUUUAACUUGAGGAAUUACUGCUGAUGCGUAAAAUGGGUGCACCACUUUAUUUCGAACGAACGAUUUCACUCUUUAGGGGUCUUUGUUUUCUGACAGGGACAGCUUCUUCAGUAAUUUUUUUUGAACAUGAUGGAUUUUACAAAUAUCAACUUUAACACAAUUUGGUGUUGUGCCAACUAUCUUUAUGGUUUUUAAGAAUUCCAUGAAAUACUAACUCAUGUGUAACCAAAUGUGUUUUCUUCUGUUUUCAGACAGUGAAGUCAUGCAGGUGGAGAGGAAAUGGCACAUAUUGUUGUCUAUCUUCUUUCUGCUCAUCACCUCAGGCCAGUGCAUGGACAGCAAGGAUGUGAAGCAGAAAGAAAGAAGGACCCUGUUGGAUCUAAUCUUACAGGUUAUCAGAGACAGCCAGCACCAGCACCGGGACAAAGGUGUCUCCAGGCGCUGUAGCAGUGGACUCUUCUCCUCAGCCCAAGACAUGAAGUUCUCCUCCAGGGAAAAGCCUUUCUAUGUUCCUAGGCUGGAUAACAGUAGACUCAUAGGUAAGCUGAUAAGAUUUAUUUUUAGGUCACGAUCAUGAAAGCAUAAUCCUCAUUUCUCUGGGUGAGACAGCUGUCAUCAGUCUGGUAUGAGCUGCACACCUUAUGUAUGAGCGUUAUUUAGUUUGGCUGAAUGGAACAAGUCUGCAUGAUGUCUAAGUUAUAUAGAGGAGAGAAUUAGGAUGUCUGUUCAGGCAAACUUGAAAGACAAGGUUCAACAUAUUUACCUGUUUCUACUCAAGUGACUGACUAUGAAGUGGUUUCUUUGAAGCAUGUAAUGUGUUUCAUUUGUGCACAAAAACAGGCUGUUUUACCGUUACAAAAUCUGGUAUAUUUAUUCCCUGUCUGUUUCUGCUUCUUUGACACACGCUGUCACUCCCUUAUCCAAACGGUGACAGACUGAUGGAUAGAGAUGUGGAAAGGUUCUACAAAUUAAUUUAGGAGGAGUGUCAUGCCAAAUUUAUGAAUAACUCAUUCAAUUUGAUCUGUUGUGGAGCAUGAAUGAUGGCUGCUAUUCGCUCUGGUGCACACAAUACAGUCUAGAGAGCAUCUCUAUAAAUUGCAUAUCAGAAAAGACUGGCUGUGUUGUAUUACAGUACGGUAAUUUGCAGCUGUCCAUUGGAUUCACUGUUAGUCAGUCUUUUACGUUGUAGUUAUGAAAUUCAGGAAACGUGCUCCUUUGGUGCGUAUUAUAAAGGUUGUAACCCUGGAUGAAGAACCUUUAUCCAACCAAAACAAGUCAUCAUUCUUACUCAAAAUGAUCAUUUCCUCUGUAGGGAAUGAGGACUUGAUUGAUGAAAAUGUGCUUGUAUUCACUUUAGCAAAAGUAUUACAUAAUAAUGGAAGUUAAAUUAAAAUAUAACACAGAACAAACUUUACUUGUCUUUAAUACUUUUUCAAAUAAGAGAGGAUCAAAGAAGUGUGGCCCUAACCAGACUACCCAGAAAAUCCUGCUCCUUAUGUGAAGUAGCACUGUUGUAACUCAAAGUGUCUUGAUCCAAGCCUCUGUUGUCAGUUAAGUGCCAUUAGAGCAGAGUAUGUUGUUUAUCUACCCAUUGAAAUGGUACUCAUCAACUUCUCUAUCAAUUAGAUCAUAUUUUCGAGAGGUUACACAGGCCUUACAAAGCUCAAAGUCUUGGCUUGAGCUUAUGCAAUUGGAAAAGUACCUUUUCUCAGACCACUGGUUGGGUGGAAUUUAUCUUCAGAGGUUAUUAAAAGCAGCAUAUUAGCAACUGGUGCAUGUGAAGCUACCAAAGAUCCAUGGUCACGCAAGGAUAGAUUUUUGGAAUGAUGAGGAAGAGAGGAACAUCUGUAAGCAUGCUUGUGUGUGAGCUUUGUAUUUCUCAGUAUGCAUCUGAAAUACCAAUACUAUGUCACUGGACAUGACCGAGGGGAAAAGAUUUAUACUUCCAUUAGCUACAGUGUUGUGCAGCACAAGAAAUAGACUUCAGUCUGGCAGCUUAAAUAAUUUUUUCUUGUAUCUAUACUGGUAAUACGAUUUGAUCAGCACCCUAAAUUUUGGGCUAUAUCAGUUGAUUUUACCUACUCCAGACUGCCAUUUGUGUUCUUUACAUCCAGACUUCAACACAUCUGAUACCAUGUCAAGGUGGUAAAAUACAUGUGUUUUAAUCGUUAGUCAACAUGAGUCUAUUUCAGAUUUUAUUCUCCUUCUGCAGUUCAAGCAGACUCUUGGGUCUGGGGGCUAAUGUAUGAACCUAGCACUGCAACGACUUGCAUGGACUUAUUUUGAUGAGCAUUAAGCUCAAAUACAAUAAUCUCUUUAUCUUGUUAGUCUGGCCAAAGUGUCAUCAGACACCUACAUGGAUGAGCAGAGGGGUAUGUGUAUGAAAUAGUCCAGCUGACAGAUCCCCCAGAGAAUAACGUGAACUCAGAAAUGAGACACUAGCUGCACCGCUGAUGAACAAGAUUCAUUGAAAAAAUAUUAAGAUUAGAAUCAUGAUUAUAGAUAAUAAAGUACUAAAAUUAACCAAGAUACGGGCUGUAAAAAGUAUUCAGUCACAGAAAGAAGUGAUAAUGUGAAGCUGUAAUUGCUGGAAAUGAUACUUUUGACAACAACAGUCAUAUUGAGCAUGCAGACUUACUUUUAGAAAGUAUAAUUUUGUAUAAGUGACUGUCCAUUGAUGAGCUAACAGUGUUUCUCUUUUUCAGAAAUUGUCCCAAGAGAUGUAGACAUGAAAGGCAAAUUCAUUCAGCAUUUCACAGGUAAGAAAAAUCCCAUCAAAGACAGCAUCAUAGGAGCUCAGAUAAAGCAUUGUUGGCAUUUUAUUGGUCCUUUCCAAAAAUGUAAUAAAUGUUAUUUAAAUGAUAGUUGACAACUAAUUCCAAGAUCUGUAACCUUGAGAAAAUCCUUUUCAUUUAUUACUUCAGUGUACAGUAUGAUUAAGUCCUAGAAUGCUUUGUGAACACUGGUACUGCUGUGGGUCAGAAGAGGGUUGUUGGCUUAGCUGAAGGGCCAGGCUGCGGGGAAACAGCACAUGGUCUGAAGCCGACAGAAUUAAGUUGAAGGCAGCGCAAGGUUAAGCUGAUUAUUCGUCUCAGGACCAAUGAGUAGACUUCAUUAUUGGUGUGAAAAUCUGCAAGUUUAAAUGCUGGUUAAAAAAACCUCUAUGGUGAUUAUAAUUACAGACUCAGUUCCCGUGUUAAGUCAUGUUGAACCCUGACUCCCAGACCAUGUGCUGCUCACUUUCAAUUUGUGAUAUUUGUACAAAGUUUGGUCAUACCCACUGGCUAAAUGAAUAAGAGAAAUUUUUCUAAAAAGCACUGGAAAUCUUUUCCUCCUUGCCUGAUUCCACCUUUCUCAUUAAGCAGGACCAGUCAAGUUCUCGUCGGAGUGCAGAACACACUUUCACAGACUUUAUCACAACACAAGGGAUUGUUCAAGACCAGCAUGUACGUAUGUUUUUCCCCCUAAUGUUGCUUUUUCUAUCCUUUGCUCAAGGUUUUUAAUGCCAUUCUUAAUCAUUGCAAGUUUUAACCCUUUACACACAUGUGGAAAACCUUCUGUUUUCAAUCACCUUCUUACUGUGAGGGAUUUGUCCAAGCAUGAGAAACAGGUGCUUGAGUGUCAACACGUUGGCUAUUUUGAUCAAGAGAGUUACCUUUGUUUUUCUUUUUUCUUUUCUUAUUUUCUAUGUUUACUGGUUUUAUGAAGCUGGGCUCAAUUCAUGUCUGAUACUUCAACUCAGCAAUCAGGAUUUAGCAAUAUUUGUUUGGAAUGAUCUUAGUACAUUUUACACUUUUAUUUAGGGGACAGAACGGUAGGUGAAACCGGGAAUAAGGAGAAGAGAGAGGGUGACAAUUAAGAAUAAAUGACUGAGGCCAAAAAUCAAAUCAGCGGCCGUCAAUCUGUUCUAUGUUCAGCCAUGAUAACAGUUCACUUCCAACUCAGUAGAUUCAGAGGACAAACGUAAACUACUCAUUUCUGUCUCUACAUUAGUAACCACUGUGAUAGAAGCUACUUCUGUUUCUCUCUAAAAAUGCAGACUUAAAAUCAUAAUACCAAAGAAUACUGCCAACCAGAGAGCUUUCAGUUACAUUUGGUCAAGCUGAUCUAUCAGAUAUCAUCUAAUGACAUUAGAGAUGAUUUUUAAGAAAUUUCUGGAGCUAAAACUAAAACUGACCUGGGGCCUUUGGCCAAGUCUUCCUUUUGGUCCAAUGAAGUUUAGGUGCUGUGUAAAACGUAAAUAAAAACAGAAUACAGUGAUUUGCAAAUCCUUUUUGACCUAUAUUCAAUCAAAUGUACGACAAAGACAAGAUAUUUGAUGUUAAACAGAAACCCCCUUUUUUUUUCUAAUAUUCAUUCAUUUUUAUUUAAUGGCUGAAAUAUAUCCAAAAAAAGUUGGGUCAGGGUCAUGUUUGCCGCUGUGUUACAUCACCUUUCCUCUCAACAACGCUCAGUAAGCGUUGGGAAAUUGAGGACACUAAUUGUUGAAGCUUUGGAGGUGAAGUCUUUCCCAUUCUUGCCCCAUGUACAACUUCAGUCAUUUAACAGCGGGGGUCUUCAUUGUGGUAUUUUGUGCUUCUUUGAACUUUGUGAUGACGAUAAUCUGGAUGGUUCUUUUUUCCUCUUUAGCCUGGAGGACACCACGUCUAUAAUUUCCAAAAACUAUUUGAAAUAUGGACAUGUCAGACCACAGAACACUUUUCCACUCUGUGUCAGUCCAUCUCAGAUGAGCUCAGGCCUAGAGGAGUAUUUCUGGCUGUUGUUGAUACCUAGCUUUUGCUUUGCAUAGCAGAGUUACUCACUUGUAGAUGUAAUGAAGAUCUGUGGUGGUGUCCAGGUGGUGAUGUCCUUUAGAGAGUGGUGUAGGUUCUUAAUGCAGUGCCUCCUGAGGGAUCGAAGGUCACAGACAUUCAAUGUCAAUAGACAUUCAAAAGAUUUCUCUGGAUUCUCUGAAUAAUUUGAUGAUAUUACGAACUGUAGAUGAUGAAAUCCCUAAAUUCCUGCAAUUGUACAUUGACUAUUGGCUUAAGCAGUUGCUCACGAAGUGGUGAACUUUACCCCAUCCUUGUUUGUGAACGACUGAGUCUUUUCAGGAUGCUCCUUUUAUAUCCAAUCAUGAUACUCACCUGUUUCCAAUAAACAGGUUUCCCUGUGGAAUGGUUCAAACUGGUGUUUUUGGAGCAACCCUUAAUUUUCCCAUCUUUUGUUUCCACUGCCCACGCAUGUUGAAUCAAAUCCAAAAUGAGUAAAUACAUUUGAAAAAAAAAGUUUAUCAGUUUGAAUAUUAGAUAUCUUCUCUUUGUUGUGCAUUCAAUUGAGGAUGGGUUGAAUAGGAUAUGCAGAUCGUUGUACUCAUGUUUUGCCAACAUCCCAACUUCAUUGGACUUUGGGUUUGUAUAUUUAGCAGUGUGAGAAGUGGUAAUGAAAUGAAUCUUGAGAAAACAACAGUUCAGAUCUAAUUGUUAGCUGUGCUUGAAAUGGAUAGAAAGUUAUAUUGUUGUUAGAUACUAAAAUACUAAGACUGCAAACAAAAAUCAGAAUACCCAUUACUUCAGCAUUUUAAUGUGGAAUUUAUUAUUAUUGUGGGAAUUUAUUGACUAAUCAGACACUUAAUGGGCAUUUUCAGAUAUUUACUUUAAGGUUAAUAUAAUUAUGGUAAACUAUUUUGAUUGGUAGAUCAGUCCCUGACUAAUUUGUGGAGGUUUCUUAUACCCUGGCAUGCAGGUUGAAAUGUUUUGUAAUGUAAGGCAAGCUAAAUAAAAGGUCAUAUACAACAAUGAUAGUUUCUUCCAAAUUGAUACCAUUACAAGACAAUAUAUAGAUCAGUUGUUUCACUCUGAUUUGGUAUAAGAGCGAUACAAGAUGUCACCCCAAGCCCUGAAAGGGUUAUAUAUAUUUCUUUAAUUAAAAAGCACUCCUAGCAAAGAUUUGUGUAUUCUUAUCUGAUUAUUGAGUUUGUCCAAGAUUUCAAACUUUUAAAAGGAUCAUAGAAAAAUAAAGUACAUUCGGGCAGCAGAAGACCCCUCUGGGGAGUUCGCAUUUUGAAAUUAGUAAGAUGACGUCAAGAUGGCGUCAGAGAGUGAUACCAGACGAUGCUUCCCUGCUGCAGAUAAACAUCUGUUUAGCUGGAAUCUCCUUUUCUGUGGACAGAGUCUAUUUGUACUGUGAGGUCAAAUGAACAUUAACUCAGAAUAAAAGCAAUAAUUCAAUGUAGUGUUUUGAUAGAAAGUUUAGUUUCAACCGGAGAUGAUGGAUAUGCACAGAGAGCAGAAACAGACAGCAGCCAGCUGAUAGACAUGCUUCAUGUACUGUUUGUUGGAUUUAUAUGAUGCAGAGUGUCCUGUGGACUGUGACACUGGGGAUUUCUCAUUAUACUGUAUUCAGAAACAGGAUUAACAAACAUGAGUGACGGUGAUAUUUACAGAUCCAGUGAUUCUGUUAGACUAGAACUUAGCUUUUAACACCCACUGAGAAAUUCACAUGUUGGGACUCCUCUGAUGUCAGUACUGACCAUAAUGUCGCUCACAGUGCAGUGAAUAUUUACCUUUCUCACUUUGAUCGAAAUGAUUAUGUUUUAUGUUCUUUUUAAAACACUGUGAAGGUGGUAUAGUCUGGGUUUACAAAACUUGAUCUGUAUUGUGAUUUAAAGACAGAUUUGUCACUUCAGCUGUUUGGACUCCUCUGAUUCUGUUAUUAAAACAUGCGUCUGUGAGGAGCCAGUUGGCCAGCAGUUUAAGUCUGCACUGUGUACUUAGGCUACAGCCCUUGUCAAAUCGGUAGCUGGUUCCACUUUCAGUCCCAACCCUUUGUCCCCUCUCUCUACUACCCUCAUUUCCUGGCUCUUUUCAGACUAUAGCUAUAUAAAGAGGAAACUUUCAUUAGCAGGCUCUAACUACAUGAGUGAUUUUAACACAUUAAUGCCCUCUUUUCUCACCGAUUCUUCUUUCAUUCACAGAUUACAAAAGAUGUGCGAGGUUGCUAACACGAUUAGCGAUGAGUCCACUCUGCAUGCAGUCAUAGAAAAUGCAUGUAAGUGCUCCUCUUGUCUUGUCAAUUUUUUUAAGGAUUUACAUUAUUGUAAUUAAUUGGAGGAAAAUAUAUUUCUUUGCUGCCAAUAUGCCUGGUGCGAAGCAAAAGCUUAUAUAAUGCAAAACACCUGUUGUGCAUCUGUUCAACAUUUGUAUACUUGAAACAAAUUUUUCUUCGGUGUCGUCCAUGUUGAAGCAUUUAACUGUCAAAAAGACGCACUCGGUAUUUAAUUCAAAUGAAAUAUUUCAUUUGAACUUAGUGCUGGUUGGCAGAAAGACACAAAUCUAUUUCAUUACAAUCAGGAAGUUAUUUUGCAGUAUUUAAGCCUUAUUGUCAAGCUAACACAGGAAACAAGUAUUUGAAUCAUUUGAUGAAUGUUUCUGUUCAAAAAACCGCAAAGACUAGAGCUCCAGGAACCAGCGUCCAAAUUCAAUUGUAGUCAUUUUACAGCCUUAUUAUUCACUGUCAACUGAAAAUACGAGAUAAAGUAACUCUGAUUGGAAAUAAGGCCAUAUUUCAUAAAAAAUAACAUACUUUGAAACCUAUAAGUUACUGUUGUACAACAGCUUAAACGAGCUUUUCGCUAUCAUCAGGUAGCAGCUAUGUUAGCAUUUAAGCUCCAUCUCAUUGUUACCUGCAAAGUAAGUGCUUUUCUACCUCCUCUCUUACCACAUUUCAACAGAACAAUAUCAUUUGUCCUCUACUUAAUAUUAGGUCAGAUUUGGCUGGACUUUGUUGAAAAACAUAAGACUCCAGCAACAUUAAGCUCCCACAAAUGGAGAAAAUGGAAGGACUUAAAUGCUGUUCACAACACUUGAAAAAAAACAGAUCAUGAUAUGUGGAGACUGUAGGGAAUAUUGCUCACUGUCACCAAAACUUGUGUUCUAUUUUUGUAUGUACGUUACUUUGUAGACAAAACAAAAAAAAGAAAAGAAAAUAUAAGUUUAAAAAAAUCAACACGCUUUACAUCUGGAGAGCAUUAACCUCACUUUGGAGUUAUUCAGGGUUAUGAUAUGAGACACACUAGUGGAGGGAAUUUGCAAACCACCUGCCCACUUUGCAUUUGAGCUUUUGUUGCUUUAAAACUUGUGUUGGAAAAGACCUAAAACAGAAAACUAGAGCUUUGUAAGUGAGCAUUAUUGUUUAAGAAGAAAUUUGUAAAUGCUGUUAGUUUGUUUAUGGUACAUUUUGAGCAUCAUCAAUUGUAUAACGCUGGUCCCCUUCCCCUGAGAAAAUACACUGUGUUGUUUUUUGAUGUUGCUAUAGUAGAACAGCUUAGAUACUGUUUCACAACGGCAACUAUCUAUGAGCUAGAACAAAGAGCAAUGGACUCCAUUAUUGUAAGAUUUCAGAGAACUGUUUAAAAAAAAGUCCUUUGGUGGAAAAGUAAUAUUAAACCCAUCAAAACUGUUGAUAGGAGCAAUCCAUUGAUAAACAAUGAACAAAUAACAGCUUCGGACAUCUUUGCAUGAUAGAUAAUUCUCCAUUGGGCCGAUGUCUCUCAGCAGGGCAAAUAUCAACAUAUAUAACAACAUUCUACUAAUAUGGUGCACCCCAAAAUAGUGUGAAGAAAUUGCAUACAAACAAAAAAACAAAAAAAAAACUAACAUUUGAAGACACAGGCCAACUGAGACCGUUGUCAGUACUUUAACUUUGGAUGAAGUCACAGACACCCUUUUGUUACUUUGAUCUUAGAUGACAGCAGCUUGGAUUAGCUCACUGUCGUCUAGUCCAACAUGUGCUCGCAAUGAACGCAAUUAAGUCUAUGUGGUGAGUGAUUGCUACAAAAGUUCAUCUGCAAAAAUGGCCAUGCUAGUUCAUUUGAGUUUUUCGUGGUAUAGGGCUUAAGCCGAUGAUCAAACUAAAGCGGCUGACACAUUCUCAGGUAUUCAUUUUCUCAAGUGAAUCGGAUAAUAAGAUCCUGACAGCACAGUUCUCAGAAAAACGCCAAAGGUAUAUCACAACCAAAGAGCUUUUUGAGUUAGGUUAUUAAGUGAUUCAUUAUUCCUGAUCACUUUUGAAUGAGCUGAGACAUAACAUCGAUGGAGGCCAGUUAUGUCAGGUCAGUAAUGACCCCUUUUUGGCUUCCGCACAAAGAUGUGUCUUUGCCAAUGGUGGAAAGAAGGAUAUGAAAUAAAUCUGAAUAAAACUGCAAAAAGUGAAAACAUUAAAUUCUAAUAAUAUUUAUUUUGUCAUUUCAUUUCAGGUCCCAAAAGUGAAUGAGGGAUCAGGAAGUGCCUUCAAAUCCACAGCAGACAUAUGAACAUUGUUGUGUUUUUAGUGUUUUUAUUUUCUUGUCAUUUCUGAAAAUGCCAAUAGUCAGCAUUGAACGAGUUUUCUUUUUGUUUAAGUGUACCUGUAUGUAUCAUAUAUUUGUAUGAAAAAUAUUAAUUUAAUAUUAAAAACACCUAUUUAUUGAAAGGUUAUGUAUAUAAUAAUGUCACAAUCAUUCCAAAUCAGGUUAUUUUAGUUAUUAAAAUUAUAUCUAAUGGAAAGAAAGCUUUUAUUUUUUUCUCUCUUCACCUAUGAAUUCCUCUCCCAAUAUGGGUCUGAAUGAUUUGUCAUGUUCUUUCAUUGUCCUCAUUAGAUUUUAUUUGGCACUUGAGUGAUAGCUGACAAUGAGAACAUAUGGAAUGACUACAGUGGUGAUGAUGCACU